GAAGUCUACUGACUCUUUCAACUUCAACCCUCUCAAGUCUCAACCUCAUCACUUCUUUUAUUAUCGUCUAACUUCCAAUUAUUCUUAAAUUAAAUUUUGCAGUUUUCUCUCUCGCACAAUUCCAACUGAACAUUUCCUCUUUCGAAUCUAAUUUUAACCGAUCUAUCCAUCAUGUACCCAACAAAUCCAUCUUCUUACGACAAAUAUUCCGGUACAACUUCCGUGUUUAGUCAGGAUGCGACUACGACUGGGAUUCCGGUGAGCACGACGUCCAACUCGUACUAUAGUAGUGAUAUUUCUCUUGAAUCUAAGAACAAGGAACCGUGGUCCUCGGGGCUUUGUGACUGCUUCUCCGACUGGCGAAACUGCUGUAUAACAUUUUGGUGCCCAUGUGUUACUUUCGGACAAAUUGCUGAGAUUGUCGACAAAGGAUCAUCAGCUUGUGGUGUGAAUGGAGCACUAUACACCUUAAUUGCAUGUGUGACUGGUUUCGCCUGUUGCUACUCAUGCUUCUAUAGAGGAAAACUGAGGCAGCAACACGCAUUGAAGGAGAGCCCUUGUGGGGAUUGUUUGGUUCAUUGCUGCUGCGAAUAUUGUGCCUUAUGCCAAGAAUAUCGUGAGCUUAAAACCCGUGGAUAUGACUUGUCUAUAGGAUGGCAUGGCAAUGUGGAGAGGAAGAACCGGAGCCUGGAGAUGGCUUCAGUGCCACCGAAGGUCGAAGAAGGCAUGAGUAGAUAGAGUGGGAGAUCUCAGGUCUCUGGUCGUACUUGUCAAACCGUAGUAAAUCUUAGUUUGGUUUAUAUUAUAAAUCCGAAUCAUAAAUGCAUGUAACUUUUUUUUUUUUACCGUUAUUUAAGAUUUGGCUAGAGUUCAAAGUCAAACUUACCAACACAUAGCCUUGAGUGGAAAUAACAUUGAUCAAGAUAUAAAUAUAUAGAUCUAAAGGCAUUCUUAAAUGUGUGGAACUAGAUUCCAGGUGCUGUAUUAGUGUUUUGUUUAUUCAGUGGAAACUAAUGCUAUGUUUAAAUAUAUUCAUUGUUGUUAGUGCAA